CGUGCACACCUAAUAUAACUUCAAACUAUCAAAACAGCCCAUUUUGUGUAUUCCAAAUAUGAAUCAAGCCCUGCUCCUCUGCCUUCAAAAGCUGGGAUAUCCAAUGGGCUUCAAACCUGAUUACCAAUCACUUGCAGCCAUCCUCAAAUCAUGUGCUGUAACUGCAGACACCACGUUAGGGAAAUCACUCCAUACCCAUAUCAUUAAGCUGGGCCACGCUUCAUGCCAUCUUGUUUCCAAAGCACUUCUGAACAUGUAUGCCAAAAGCCAUGCUCUUGAUGACAGUAGAAAACUGUUUGAUCAAAUUCCCAGUCAUGAUUCAAUCACUUGGAACAUAAUGCUAUCUGGGUUUGCUUUGUAUAGGAAUCAUGAUGCUGAGGUUAUGAGAUUGUUUCAUGAAAUGCAUAUAGUGUUCGACCCGAAACCCAGUUCUGUCACUAUUGCUAUAGUUCUUCCUGUUUGUGCACGUUCAGGAGCACUGAAUUUAGGCAAGUGUGUGCAUUGUUAUGUGAUGAAAUAUGGGUUAGUGUCGAAUACCUUGGUGGGUAAUGCUCUGGUUUCCUUGUAUGCCAAAUCUGGGAAUGUCUAUGAGGAUGCAUAUCAUGUGUUUGAAGAAAUUCCUGACAAGGAUGUUGUUUCGUGGAAUGCGAUGAUUGCUGGAUUUGCCGAGAACAAUUGCGUGGAUGAAGCUUUUGAUACAUUUAGAUGGAUGCUGGAAGGACCAACAACACCUAAUUAUGCAACUAUUGCAAAGUUUCUGCCUAUUUGUGGCUUGUUAGAAGAGAGUGUUGGCUAUCACUUUGGGAGAGAGAUCCAUUGUCAUGUGCUGCGGCGGGCUGAGUUGGUAGCCGAUCUUUCCGUUGUCAAUGCUCUUGUGAGGUUCUAUACUAGGAUUGGAAGAAUGGGAGAAGCAGAGUCUGUGUUCCAGAGAAUGAGAGUAAGGGAUUUGGUUUCCUGGAAUACUAUAAUUUCAGGAUACACUUCAAACAGUGAGUGGUUGAAAGCGCUGGAGUUGUUUCAUGAAUUAAUCUCUGUGGGGAGGGUUGAACUAGACUCUGUCACUCUUCUCGGCAUUCUUCCUGCUUGUGCCAAUUUAUGUCACUUUCUGCUUGGUAAACAGAUUCAUGGAUAUGUUAUCCGGCAUCCUCAACUAAACGAGGAUACAUCAGUGGGAAAUGCUCUUCUAAGUUUCUAUGCAAAGUGUGGUGACAUAGAAGCUGCAUUCCGAGCCUUUUCAUCAAUUUAUAGUAGAGACCUGAUUUCGUGGAACUCUAUGCUUCAUGCCUUUGCAGACAGAAAUCUUCAAAGUUCAUUUUUUGAACUGUUACAUCGGAUGCUUGAGGAAAGUAUAAAACCUGACUCUUUGACUAUAUUAGCUAUAAUUCAGUUUUGUGCUACUCUUUCCAGAGUUGACAAGGUUAAAGAGGCUCAUGGCGUUUCGAUAAAGUCUGGAUUUUUGCUUGGCGAUGGUACACCUACUCUUGGGAAUGCAGUAAUUGAUGCAUAUGCCAAGUGCGACGACAUGGAGUAUGCAUCGAAGAUCUUUGAGACGUCAUCAGGCAAGAGGAAUGUGGUCACAUCCAAUUCAAUCAUCUCAGGAUAUGUGAGAAGUGGUUCAACUAAUGAUGCCCAUAGGAUUUUUCACUAUAUGCCCGAGAGAGAUCUCACCACUUGGAAUCUAAUGAUUCGAGCUUACGCUAAAAAUGAUUGCCCCUCUCAAGCUCUAAGUCUGUUCCAUGAGCUAAAAGACUACGGAAUGAAGCCUGAUGCCUUAACUCUAAUGAGUCUCCUUCCCGUUUGUGCUCAAAUGGCCUCAGUCCAGUUUCUGAGGCAGUGCCAUGGAUAUGCGGUUAGAGCUUGUUUCAAGGAUGUUCACUUAAAUGCAGCCCUUAUAGAUGUGUACUCAAAAUGUGGUAAUAUCGAUUCUGCCUACAAGCUUUUCCAAUCAACUCAUCGGAAGGAUGUUGUUAUAUUCACGGCUAUGGUUGGAGGCUAUGCUAUGCAUGGCAAGGGAGAAGAAGCACUUGGUGUUUUCUCUCACAUGCUUGAAUUGGGUGAAAAGCCGGAUCAUGUUACAAUAACUGCUGUUUUAUCUGCUUGUAGCCAUACUGGCCUUAUUAAUGAAGGAUUAAAGAUUUUUGAUUCAAUAGAAAAAAUGCAGGGCAUAAAACCAACCAAAGAACAGUACGCUUGCAUGGUGGAUCUCCUUGCUCGAGCAGGUCGAAUAAAGGAUGCGUAUUCUCUUGCAACCGAAAUGCCCUUUGAAGCUAAUGCUAGUGUGUGGGGGUCGCUACUAGGUGCUUGUAGGGCCCACCAUCAGGUGCAAAUGGGCCGUGAUGCCGCCAAUAAGCUUUUCGAAAUUGAGACCGGUGACAUUGGGAACUAUGUUGUGCUUUCAAAUCUUUAUGCUGCGGAUAAUCAAUGGGAUGGGGUUCUUGGGAUAAGAAGGCUUAUGAGGACAAGAGAUCUCAAAAAGCCUGUUGGAUGCAGCUGGAUUGAAGUGGAGAAGAGUAAAAAUGUCUUUACGGCUGGAGAUUGUUCUCACCCGGAAAGAAGUAUUAUUUACAGCACAUUGAGUAUCUUGGAUCAACAAAUCAAAGAACCAUUUCCAUUAUUGCUGGCAUAGAGAUGAACAAUCUAGUUGCAUAAAUCAUCGUCUACUCUCUUUGUGACUCUUUCUUCUACAGUCACUCGUUCGAAUCUUUAUGGGGAUUCAUAAAGGGGGAGAUAAUUUUGCCAGAUGUUCAUAUCUUCAAAUGAUAUGGUUUUAUGCUCCCAAUCACGAAGCCUAUUGCAUGGUCAAUUCCUAUUCAAUGAAAAGCUAUUAGUCAAGUGACCGUGCCAUGCAAGACGAACUAUUUUGGAGGCUAUGACCAAACUACCUUACUAUGGUACUCAAAAUUUUGGCACUCACUAGAUGAUAACUCACCUGCACUUUUGAGGGGGAAAGGGAUUGCGUCAAGCAUGUUCAAGAAUAACCCAAGGGCUUCUUGGACCUCAUUGUUGGAGCAAGGCAUGGUGACUUUUCGAUUAUGGUCAGGACCAUCCGAUGCUGUUGAUUGCAUCUAUAUCUCUUGGUGUGCUUUUAUGACUGAUCUUUUGUGAUGUUGCCUAUGCUUGUUUAUGGUUUCGGUCCAUGUAGGGGUGGGAAAGAGACUACUUUUCUCAAUUUGCAAUGGAAGGUUUCAUGUCUUGUUGCAAGAGGAAGAGGAGAGAUAAGGUACAUGGUAUAUUUACAAUCAUGUUAUGCGCACAGAUCUUUAUACACAGAACUUGCACAGAUUUUUGUGGGGCCCACUUCGGGUCCCACAAAGAUGAUCCGAACCGCUUCUUUUUUGUUGACUGAAUUUUUAGGGUUCCUGUAAAAAAAAAAAAAAGCUCAAUCGGAUAUCGGUAAGUGAAUUUUAAGAAUCUGUGGAGCGAACCACACAGUUUCGCCCAACGAAUUCUGAAUAAGCACCUACCGAUAUCCAAUUGAUUUGUGUAUAAAGGUUUGUGCGAACAGACUUUGCGGUAUAUUUAUGUUGGGUGUUGUUCCUUCUAUUUAAAAAAUGCAAUUACAAAAUUCACUUUUUUUUUUCUCUUUUCUCAAAUAAUUUUCUCGCUUCUGCAUCUGUUCUGUCUUUGUGAACAUAUUUGUUUUAUGGAAGCUGAUUUUCGCGCUCCAAAAAAAGCUUUAGACGCUACACCUUUUGUCUUCAUCAGGCAAACUUCCUGAAUUACCCUCUCAAUCUAAAACUUUUCCGUGGAAAAGUUCUUUCUUUUCCCUGAAGAGUUCUUUAUAGGUUUUCGUGCUCCACAAAACACCUCAGGCGCUCCAUCUUUUUACAUACUUUAUGGAACUUUUAUGGGGAAAAGUUUUAGAUUGAUAUUGUAAUUCAGGGAGUUUGUCUGAUGAAGACAAAAGGUGGAGCUCCUUAGGCUUUUUUUGGAGCUCAAAAAUCAUUCCCCUUUUUUAUUAUUUUUUGUAGUUUAUUUUGAUGGAGUAACUUGCUUGAUUAUCUGUUCAGUUCUAAUUAAUGAGAGUAACUAAUGUAGGAAUGACAGGAAAGACAAGAAAAGCAAGUUUGUGAGGCAUUAGUCAAAAUAUAGAGGAAUUUUAGCAAUUUACCAUUUAUGGCUACUUGUUCGGUUGUAGUUGUUUUAUCCUUGAUUAUGUUUUUUAUUUUGUGUUUCCUUGUUAUAAAGGUUCAGAAAGUCAUGUUUGCCGAAGAAUUUUUUUUUUUUAAGAAUUUUUUUUGGUCCUCUUGCCUCCUCCAUUUUGGUUAGAUUCUAGCACGAAGUGUCUUAUUUUAAAGUUGGUUAGGAGACAUCUCUUGGCCUGUAUUCCAGCCAAAUACUUGUUUUUUUUUUUUUUAUCAGCAGCCAAAAAUACAUUUCAACAUAAGUAGAUAAAUCAUUUCGAUAAUAGAUCCUCGCAUAGGACAAAUAAUACCCAAAAUGGUUUCCCACCUGUUUAAUUACAAACGAAGUCCCCAAGUUUAAAAAAAUACAUCCUUGGCACCGUGGCCCAAAUUAAGUUAAAUACAUGUGCAAAGUAUUUAGAAUAUUACAAUCUUAUGUCAAAAGAUCAAACAAAGUAAUUUAGUUACAAUACCAUCUUUAUCCAAAAGUAGACUAAUACAAAAAUGGAUGAGUAGCUAAGUCAUGUUAGCUUCCAAAAGUCUUCGUUUCCAAAUACACCAUGUCAUGCAACCUAUUGCCCUACGUUUGAACCUGAAAAGAAAGAUUUUGCUGAGCUACACUAGCUCAGUAGGAAAUUCUCUACAAAAUCUACAUGCAAUGAGAUGAUAAGCAUAAACGAAUCAAAUUAAACGACAAAUCCAAAUAAUGCACAUCAACACUCUUUUGCAAAUGUCAUAACAAUUCCCAAUCACAAACCCAUACGUACACACACACGCACACACUUCUUCCAACAAAAUUCCACCCCUUGCGAGAUUGUGUUUCCACCCCUUGCGAACCGUGUGUUUC